AAGCCACAGGCAAGAAAUCUGUUACUUCAACACAAAAACCUGGAGAGUGUCAGCGCCUAAGCAGUUUGACUUUUGGAUGCUUUUCAAAUAGAGCAAGAAGUCCUCAACCGUCUCCUAAGUUUGAAGAAAUAAGCAAGUCUUCAUCUAAAGAGUCAGACUACGCUGAAGGCAAAAACAUUCUAGAGAAGGAUAUCCUGGAAACUACCUUUGCUGGUCCUGCACAUGAGGCCAAUAAAGGUCAGAAGUCAUUGCAACAAAGUUCCUCUGGCUUAGAGCAGAACAAAAAUGUGAGAACAAGCUGUUCAUCCAAAGACAUAGACAGCGACAUGUCAAAGAACUCCUGCACUACUGGGAGCGACUGGAGCUCAGACGAGGAUGGAGGAGAUGAUAAAGGACUGAAAUCUAGGUGUGCAUCCACGCUCUCAAGCCACACAUCUGAAGAGAAUGCAAGGUACAGUAGAGUGGGCAGUGAAAUGUAUUUGACAGCAUCUGAUGACAGUAGUUCUCUUUUUGAAGAAGAGAGUUUUGGUGUUCAGAGGACUCAGCAUACGAAGUUAUACUCCUGGCAGCAAGGGUCCCAAAGAAAAGGCCAGAACAAUGCAGGUGGAAAGUGCAACUCUGACUUCACAAGUAAAAAGAAAGACCAAGAUAGUUCUUCAGAUGAACUGAAUAAGAAAUUUCAGUCUCAGAGGCUAGAUUAUUCAUCCUCAUCCAGUGAGGCAAAUACCCCAAGUCCAAUUUUAACCCCUGCUCUGACACCCAAACACCCAGGUUCUCAAUGCAUAGUGCCAUCAGAUUCUCCUUCAAAUUUGCUGCCUCCAAAGUCACGGACUCCUAAUGUGUUUAGUAUAAAUUCAGCAUUAGCAAAGAAACACCUGAGCCAGCCCCAGCUGAGUUCUGACAGAAUGUUUGGUAGAAAUAGAAAUGCCAUAAGCAUGAUACGUCCAUGGAGACCUCAGGAAACAGACAUUGAUCUGGUGGAUGGAGAAGAUACUGAUAUUUUAGAGAAAAUGGAGAUUGGCUGUGAUGAAGGAGUGUUUACAUAUGACUGCACUGAAGCACAAAAUGCUGAAGCCCAGGAACCUUGUGAUACGACAAAAAAGGGUGCUAGUAACAAACCUCCAACCCCUCCAUUACAUCGAUUUCCUUCCUGGGAAAGCAGAAUUUAUGCCGUAGCCAAAUCUGGUUUAAGGAUGUCUGAAGCCUUCACCAUGGAAUCUCUUAACAAAAGUGCUGUUUCACUAACUUCGUACUCCACAUCUGGCUUAUAUACAUCUCUGAUAUAUAAGAACAUGACCACUCCUGUCUACACCACUUUGAAAGGGAAAGCAACUCAAAUAAGCAACAGCCCAUUUCUAGAUGAGUCGUCAGGAUCUGAGGAAGAAGACAGCUCUCGGUCCAGCUCAAGGACUUCUGAGUCUGAUUCUCGAAGCAAAAGUGGUCUGGGUAGUCCUCGGGCUAUGAAACGAGGGGUGUCUCUGUCUUCUGUGACCUCAGAAAGUGACUAUGCUAUUCCUCCAGAUGCAUAUUCAGUAGAUACAGACUAUUCAGAGCCAGAGCAGAAACUUCCUAAGACCUCUUCCUCAUCUAGUGAUAAUGGAAAAAAUGAACCUUUGGAAAAAUCUGGAUAUCUGUUAAAAAUGGGUGGUAAAGUAAAGACCUGGAAACGGCGGUGGUUCGUGCUUAAAGGAGGUGAAUUACUAUACUACAAAUCUCCAAGUGACGUCAUUCGAAAACCUCAAGGUCAAAUUGAGCUAAAUGCAUCCAGCCACAUUGAAAGGGGUGAUGGAAAACAAACAAUUCAGCUGACCACAGAAAAACGAACAUACUACCUGACUGCAGAUUCUCCCAACAUCUUAGAAGAAUGGAUCAAAGUACUACAGAAUGUUCUUAAAAUUCAGGCUGCCAGCCCACUUUUCAUACAGCCUGAAAUCAAGCCAACUAUGAAAGGAUUACUUACAAAGGUGAAACAUGGAUAUUCCAAAAGAGUUUGGUGUACCUUAGUUGGAAAAAUUCUGUAUUAUUUCCGUAAUCAAGAAGACAAGUUUCCUCUUGGUCAAAUCAAGCUUUUUGAGGCAAAGGUUGAAGAAGUUGAUAGAUCAUGUGAUUCUGAUGAAGAUUAUGAGGCUAGUGGUCGCAGUUUAUUAUCAACACAUUACACUGUUGUUAUCCACCCCAAAGAUCAAGGACCUACUUAUCUUCUUAUAGGAUCCAAACAUGAGAAGGACACAUGGCUUUACCAUCUGACAGUUGCAGCUGGAAUUACGAGUGUAAAUGUCGGAUCUGAGUUUGAACAACUUAUCUGCAAAUUAUUACAUAUGGAAGGUGAUACCUCUUCUCAGAUCUGGAGACAUCCUACCCUUUGCCACAGCAAAGAAGGAAUUGCUUCCCCUCUUACAACAUUGCCAUCAGAAGCCUUGCAAACUGAAGCAAUUAAAUUAUUCAAGACCUGCCAGUUGUUUAUAAAUGCUGCAGUUGACUCUCCUGCCAUUGAUUACCAUGUAUCUUUGGCCCAAAGUGCGUUGCAGAUCUGCCUCACACAUCCUGAACUUCAAAAUGAGAUCUGUUGUCAGCUUAUUAAACAGACUAGACGUCGACAUCCACAAAACCAGGCAGGACCAAUACAGGGCUUACAGCUCUUGGCUCUCUGCGUUGGACUCUUUCUGCCCCAGCACCCAUUCCUGUGGCUUCUUAAACUUCAUUUAAAGAAGAACGCAGAUUCCAGGACUGAAUUUGGGAAAUAUGCAAUAUAUUGUCAGCGAUGUGUAGAGCGCACCCAGCAGAAUGGAGACAGAGAAGCCAGACCUUCCAGAAUGGAAAUCCUUUCCACUCUUCUAAGAAACCCCUACCACCAUUCACUGCCCUUCAGUAUUCCAGUUCAUUUCAUGAAUGGCAUAUAUCAGGUUGUUGGGUUUGAUGCCUCUACCACAGUGGAAGAAUUUCUGAACACCCUGAACCAGGAUACAGGGAUGAGGAAACCAGCUCAGUCAGGAUUUGCACUGUUUUCUGAUGAUCCCUCUGGAAAGGAUAUAGAGCACUGUCUUCAAGGAAACAUCAAGAUCUGUGACAUUAUUUCAAAAUGGGAGCAAGCCUCCAAAGAACAACACCCUGGGAAAUGUGAAGGCACAAGGACUGUCCGCCUUACUUACAAAAAUAGGCUUUAUUUUUCUGUUCAAGCCCACGGGGAGACAGAGAGAGAGAAGCUGCUGCUAGUAUAUCAGACAAAUGAUCAAAUAGUCAAUGGACUUUUCCCUGUAAACAAAGAACUAGCGAUGGAAUUGACAGCUCUUUUAGCUCAGGUAGAGAUUGGAGAUUUUGAACGGCCCUUCUCAACUCCUGCAGGGCAAGUCACUUCCCAGUCUAAGUCCAGUCAAACAUUAAAACAAGUUUUGGAGAGAUUCUACCCUAAGAGAUACAGACAUGGUUGUUCAGAGGAACAGUUAAGACAGCUUUGUCAGCGAUUGUCUACAAGGUGGAUGGCUCUCCGGGGGCACAGUGCUGCAGACUGUGUGCGCAUUUAUCUCGCUGUAGCCAGAAAAUGGUCUUUCUUUGGUGCUAAAUUGUUUGCAGCAAAACCUAUAGCAACAUCCUCAGUUGAGAAGUCCUUCUUCAUAUGGUUUGCUGUACAUGAAGAUGGCAUAAGUAUCCUUGAUUACACCUCUAUGCGAUUAACAGUUACAUAUACAUAUAAGAGUCUGAUGACUUUUGGAGGCUAUCAAGAUGAUUUUAUGUUGGUUGUUAACAAUGCUCAGACUAAGGACAAAUCAACUGAAAAACACCUUUUUGCCAUGACAAAACCAAAGAUCCUUGAGAUCACUCUGCUGAUUGCCAGCUAUAUUAACAACUUUCAUCAGCUGAAAGGAGCUGCUCAUCACCUCUCUGCUCCAGCAUUACUGACACCUCAAAGUGGACAGAAACUCAAGGAAAUGGGGAGUCAGCCACUUCUUGCGAACAACAGACCAACUAAAUGUCCCACUUUGUUAUGAAAGGAUUAUAUAUCAUGAUAAUGCAUCUUUGUUACAGGGUUCCGACAGUGAUUGAAAACUUUCUGAUGUACAAGAUGUAUAGUAUAAGCAGGUCCACAAACAAAAUAAAGGCGGACAGGUUUACAUUCAUUUCAAUGGUGUAUAACAGGAG